AUGGUACCAGCAACUGGCGAGCCCCCCAUGGUCGAGGCGCCGGCGAACCGGACUUGUCCGUCGUGCCGCAUAUCGGUAUCAGUGGAUCAGCAAUCCCGGGUCAUGUGUCCGUUCUGUGGCGGCUUCUACGACCAGAGAGCGAAUUCUGAUUUCAACAUGAGACGGAGCAGCUCUGUCGCGAACGGUUACUUGCCACACAUCGACGACAUAAGCAGACGCCAUUCCUCGAUAGGAGAAAGACUCGGAGCCUUACAAGGUUAUCUAGCAGGACUCAUCCUCCGGAACGGGCAGGAGAAUCAAUUUUAUUUACCGCCAGUAGAGAAAGAAAAGGAAGACAAGGAUGACGGCCGCAUCACUCCCGGAAGUUCAGACGACGAUUCUCUGGACUAUCCGAUCAGAAAUUUAGAUGCUGCGGCUUAUCGAGCCCUGCUCGAAGAUUGCAAAGCAAAGGAAAACUACGUCCCGCUACAAGAACUCCUGGAGCAAACUUUCUGCUGCUUCGUGGAAAUGUCAUCCAUCUUUAAAAUGGAUCCCAAGCAGGAGAACGCACGUCCCGAAGACCCGGACAUCAAGAAAGAGCUCCUCUUCGAAAUCUACGAUAGCUUCGAAACCUUGCCGGGAUACUUGGCGAAAAGCGUCUUGAAGGCGGUGAUAAGUUCUCUAUUGGAGCUCGAUGUCCGUUUGAUGGCGAAGGAUGAUGUCCGCUCGGUGUAUAUCUUACUGCUCAAUCCGAUUUUCUCAUCUCAGGCGUCCUAUACGGUGUUUGCUCACCUGGUCCGUCGUGUUGUUUCACUCCCAAGCCCAGACCAUCAGCUCUUGAUCCACUGGUUUGCCAGCACGGAGGCGAGUCGCACCCGGGAGCUCGUUAAGAGACUGCUACAGUUCAUAACUAUUCGGGAGUUUCCGCCCGCUAACGGUCACCGUCUGCCUUCGAUCAACAAGAGUCGUUGGUGGAUUCCAUGCGCUACAAGGGUUCUAGCUCUACUGAACGCGUCGAAUAACAGGAACACUCCUCCGCCCUUGGAGUAUGCGGAAUUCUACAAUUCGGCGCUCGAUCAUAUCAAUCUCAUGGCGGAGUACUACCGGUGGCAGACCCCGGGGAAAAGCAAUAAGUUUUCGUAUUGCCAAUAUCCCUUCAUUCUGAGCAUAGUCGCGAAGAAGUUCAUCCUGCAGAGAGAUUCCGAGCAGCAGAUGAUAUUGAACGCUAGACGCUCCCUCUUGAAUCGAGCUCUGCAACAUCAAGUCCCGGAUCUGGAUGUUUUUUUCUUGAACCUGAACGUCCGGAGGCAGCACCUCGUCUCAGAUUCACUGAAUGAGAUCGCGAGGAAACAAGCCGAUCUGAAGAAAAAACUCAAAGUGACUUUCGUCGGGGAGCCUGGUUUGGACAUGGGUGGACUCACCAAAGAAUGGUUCCUGCUGUUGAUAAAGCAGAUCUUCAGCUCCGAUUAUGGCAUGUUCGUAUACCACAACCAAGCUCGCUGCUACUGGUUCAGUACCGCUCAAAUAGGGAAUUUGCGAGAGUACAACUUAAUAGGUGUGCUCAUGGGUCUGGCAGUCUACAAUUCUAUAAUUCUCGAUCUCAAUUUCCCAACUGCCUGCUACAAGAAACUCCUAAGCCCGCCGGUAGUGCCCUCGAAUAUGGACACAUCUAAUGUGGGAAAUUGCAAGUUUACUCUGGAGGAUCUUUCGGAAGUUAUGCCCGACGUGGUGGUCGGCCUGCGGGAACUUCUCUCCUAUGAGGGGAACGUUGAGGAAGAUUUCUUGAUGCACUUCGAAGCGUCGGUGGAAGAAUUCGGCGAGGUUAAAACUCACGUGCUCAAGGAGGCCGGUGAGCACAUCGCGGUUACCAACGAGAACAGACAAGAGUACGUUGACCUCUACGUAGAUUUGAUCCUCAAUCAAGCGAUAGGGCAACCAUUCAAAGCGUUCUACCUGGGAUUCCACAGUGUCUGCGCUUCCAACGCGUUAAUUAUGCUUCGUCCCGAAGAGGUGGAACUACUGGUGUGCGGAUGGCCCAAACUCGAUCUCGACGCCCUUCGCAAAGUGACCGUUUACGAUGGUUUCAAGGCGGAUGACCCUCUCAUCGCUCAAUUGUGGGAGAUUCUAGAGUCGUUUUCCGUCCAGUUGCAACAACAGUUUUUGAGGUUCUGUACAGGAUCGGAUCGGGUUCCCGUGGGAGGCAUGUCGGAGAUGAGCUUCAAGAUAAGCGCAAUCAACAACAAAACGGACAUGCUCCCGAUAUCCCACACCUGUUUCAACCAGUUGUGCUUACCUCGAUACCCGGACGCCACAACGCUGAAAGAAAAACUCAUCAUAGCGAUAUCAAACGCUGAAGGCUUCGGACUCGAAUGA